UCCUUCUCUCCCUCCUUCUCCCUCCUUCUCUCUCUCUUCUCCCUCCUUCUCUCUCUCUUCUCCCUCCUCUCACUUCUCGAUGCUGUGCUCUGGGACUCCUGCUCCGAACCCGUCUCCUUCGUCUCCUCCUCUUCCUCAGACCAAACACUUUGACUUACAGUUUCUCUCCAGGACUUUAGAACCCAUCGACCCGGGUCAGACGUUAGUCCGGUUCCACUCGGACUGAGUCAAAGUCUCAGGAUGAACUUACCGGAGCCCAGGUUGUCUCCAGAGACGGUUCUGUCCCUCGGGGGACACUGGACCUCCAGGACCCCGAGUCCAGCCUCGGAUCCUGAACCGGGUUUUGAGCGGAACCUGUCGGAGGACUGCGGCCCCCCCGACGGCCUCGGAGCCGGCAGCGUGAGGAGACCCGAACCCAGGAGGUCUCUGACCCCCAGGUCAGGGGGUCAGAGCCCGGACCGGACCCCGGCAGGGGGGGGGUCGGUGGGCCCGGCCGACGGGAAGGUGGGGGGGGGCGAGCAGCGGAUCCGCAGACCCAUGAACGCCUUCAUGGUUUGGGCCAAAGACGAGAGGAAGCGUCUGGCGCUGCAGAACCCGGACCUGCACAACGCCGUGCUCAGCAAGAUGCUCGGUCAGUCGUGGAAGAACCUGAGCGCCAGCGCCAAGCGCCCGUGCGUGGAGGAAGCCGAGCGGCUGCGGCUGCAGCACCUGACGGACCACCCUCACUACAAGUACCGCCCCCGGAGGAAGAAGACCCCCAAGAAGCUGAAGAGGGCGGAGCCGGGGGUCCUGCUCCACAGCCUGGCCCAGGGGGGGGGACCUGACGGGGUCUGUGGAGCUCCUGCAUAUGGACACCCCCACCACCACCCCCACCCGCACCACCUGCUGCCCCCCCUGGGUCACUUCCGGGACCUGCAGGGUCCGGGACCCCCGGAGCUGCCCACCCCCGAGAUGUCUCCUCUGGACCUUCUGGAGGACGGAGAGUCCGUGUUCUUCCCCCAGCACAUCCAGGAGGAGGGGGGGAUGGGAGGGUGGAGCGGGUACCACCACCACCCCCCCCACCUCCACCACCACCACCCCCCCCACCCUCACCAGCACUACAGCCCCCACUACAGCAGUCACCAGCAGUGUGGGGGGGGGGAGUCCAGCAGGUCCUGUCAUCACGUCACGCUUCGCAGUCCUGGGACGUGCCCCCCCCCUCUGUCCCCCUCCCCUGCUUCCUACCCCCCGCCCUCCAUCAGCCUGUCUGAGCCAAUGAAAUGCCACCAAACCGCCCUUAGCUCCGCCCCCGUCGGCUACUUCAGUCAAAUGUGUGGGAACUCAGCCCAUAGCUCCGCCCAUUUCCCCCCCUCUCACCUGGGGCAGCUGUCCCCUCCCCCAGAGUCCAGUGGUCACCUGGGCUCCUCCCACCCGGAGUCCAGUGGUCACCUAGGCUCCUCCUCCAGUGGUCACCUAGGCUCCUCCUCCGCUGACUUCUGGUCGGAGGUGGACAGACACGAGUUCGACCAGUACGUGAAUAGUGGGAGGAGUCGAGACGAGGCCUUCGGACUGGGCGUCGGCUGUGGGGGCGGGGCCAAGGUCCCGGGUGGGCGUGGCCUAUUGAGCGCGUGUGAUGACGGCAGCACCCCCCUGAUCUCCGCCCUGUCGGACGCCAGCAGCGCCGUUUACUACAGCGCCUGCAUCACUGGAUAAGCUCCUCCUCCUCUUCUCAUAGAGUCUCACUGGGAUUUAAACCCUCGAUCUGAUCUAAACUAUUCAAAUUUAAUUGUAAAUUAAUCAUUUAGUUGUAUAUACAUUUACUGGAGUUCAAGCUAAUGUGGCUAAUGCUAAUCUGAGCCGCGGCAGCUCUGUACUGCCCCCUGGUGUCCGGCUGCAGUUAGGAUCAUAAGCCCCUCCUCCUCAGUUCAGGUAGUUCCGAUCUCACUGACGUUCGUUCAAGUGUUUCUGAUCAGUUGUGUUUUAAUUAGUUAUUUGAUGAUUUAAAAACAAGCUCAGACCUCGUGAUUGAUGAUUGACAGCUGAGACUCACUCCUGGUGAUUUGUCUUCAUCGUGGGCGGAGCCUGAGACGUGGCGUCCAUCUUUAUCUUCAGUCGUUCUAUAGAACAGAUCUUCUCAGCAGGUUUUAGUUUCUGCUGAUCAGCAGCUUCUGUGGAUUGAAGUGAAGAACGUUGAGAUGAUGCAUUGUUCUCUGUGGAAUCGUUUCUCUUUAGUCACUUAGAUUCUGAUCAAAGACCAAAUACAAGGAAGUAAAGAAGCAGUUGAGCUGUGACGAGUCAUUCAGUUCUUCUCUGUUAGCAUGUUAGCAUGUUAGCACAAUGCUAAUACGUGUUAGCUGGUUGCACUCAGACUGUGAGUCCUGCUGCAGCUUCUGGAGGAUCUGGAGAUGAUGACAUCAGCUGGUCUCAGUUGAAGAGCAGGACCUAAAGCUCGGAGCUGCACUCUGAACCCUGAGGAGACACCACAAGAACCACAGGAACUCAUCCCCAGAACAAUCCACAUCUGUGAUCUCACCUUGUUUUCAUCUCAGGACGAAUAAUCCUCAAGUCAAAUUCAUCUCAGAUCAAAGGGACCAUGAAGCACAAUGAAGAACAAACUCUGGAGAUGAACAGAGAGAGAAUCAAACCUGGGCCGUGGACCAGAACCCAGAACCACUGACGUGUCCCACAAACCAUCAGGCUCGGGUUGGUUCUGACCCGGAGUCCAGACCUUCACGCUGAAGAUGCUUUGCUCGUUGGGAACACGAGAUGUUUGGAUUCACUCAGACAUGAAGCCUCUGGUCUCACAAACAUCUCACAACACGAGUCAGAUCAGAGUUGUGUUUCCAUCCAGGAGGAGUUGUCGGAGCUUGUGUGGUAAAUUAUGAUCGUUUAGCUUUAAGGUUUUUCUGCUCUUUGUUUCAUUUACGAUAUAAAAGGAAAUGUUGAGGUGUUGAGGCUCAUGGUUCCUGGAGAUGUUUACUGUUUAGAUGCUGAGGGAGAAACUGAGACUAUGAACUGUUCUCUUUGCACUGGGUUUACUGUCUUAUCUGUAUAGAGGGAACUCCACUUAACACUAAUCUUAAGUCCAUCAUGUUAAACACUUUUUGUACAGAAAGAGAUGUGUGGUUGUUUUAUAUAGUUUUAUUUAUCUUAAAGGAAUAGUGGAACAUCUUAGGGAAUCAACUUAUGUUUUCAUGCAGAGAUGGAGAUCAGAUCCAAAACUCUCUCAUGUGAGGUCAGUAGGAAAUCUGUUGUAAAUAAGUCAGAUACAAGAUGUAGGUGCAAAUUUAAAAGAUGGUGGAGUCUUUAUGCUAAGCUAAGCUAAGCUAAGCUAAGCUAAGCUAAGCUAUCUGCCUCCAGCUCAGAUGUUCUCACUUUCAACAAUAAAGUGAAGAAGAAAAGUUGCCAAAAACUUCUCCUCUAAAGAUGUGAGUCUGUAUUAUAAUGUAAACUUUAAAGGCUUUGCGUUGGAUCUGUGACGUGAACGUGAAGCUGCUCCACACCAGAGUCCUGCUCCUUCAUGACUGGAAGUUCACCUCAGGAUCUGUGGUUUGUGCAGAUCACCCAGUUGUGUCCAGGUCUCUGUGUGUUUAUGCAGCAUCUUUCCUGUAAUACUCUUGUAUACAAGCUGCCUCUUCAAGGAUUUAUCCUGCAUCUGUUCUGCGUUAGUUGUACAGACAAUACUUUUUUUCUACAUGAAACAGUAGAGGAGACUGGAGCGUUCUGCCCAGUGAAACCAGUUCUGUCCACCGCAUCGUUCCUUGUGGCUGAAAACAGAGGAACAUUCGUUUUUUCCACACAUUUCCUCUGGAGGCCCGAGCCGCAGGCCAGCAGCAGCUCGAGCUCGAAGCAUUAAAAAAUAUUUCUACAUCUGCAUUUGACAUUCUUCUCUGUUGACACCAAACAGUCUUGUUUCCAUUUUAAUUGACCGUGACACACAAAGCACAUCAGAGAAGGCGUUUCUGGAGCCGUGCAAUAACUCUGGGCUUUUGGUAAUAAUUAUCAGAAGGGGAAAAAUGAAACACCCAAGAUUUUGGGAUUAAAACAAAGAAGAUUUUUCUCAGCGGUCGUAUAACGACAAAUUAAAAGCAGGAGUUUCCCAGAAGUGUCACUGUGAUUCUUCUGAAUAUGUCUGACAGGGAGCAUUUAUAUAUUUCCUCUAUAAGUGUAGAAAAUUGUUUUGUUUUUGUUUGUAUUUGAAACGUGUGGGUUGGUUGUAAAUGGAUCUGUUUUGUUUCAUAAAGUAUUCCACAGAAUAAACAAUCAAAUAAGUGUC